GCCUUGCUCUGCCCUGCUCUGCUCUGCCCUGCCUGUCCUGUCUUGUCUCGUCCUGCCCUGGCCUGUCAUACUCAUGCCUCCCUCCCUGUUGCGGGCGAGACCAUUAAUACCCUCCCCCCAAUGCCACCCCCGAAUCCGUCUUAUGCAGCAUCUUGCGCCCUCGCCGCGCCAAUCCAGUUCAUCAUUAAAUGCCACACGGGGCACCAGACACUUUGUGCACCGUAAAUCGGAUUUUCAACGCCUUAUUGUAUUGCUAUUUGAUCCCCGCCCCGUCCUUUGCGCGAGGUCACCCCAGCAUCCUCUAUCCUUCCUCCGCCUCGCGUACACUGCCUCACCGCACCUCGGCCUGUCUAUCGGUGCCUCCCUCCGUACUUAUACAAGCUCUUCCCAGCAUACCCUCUAAUAUUCUGGGUGCCUAUCGUACCACACUCCAUAUAUCUUGUAAUUACCUUCGAUUAUUUGGUUUUGCAGCGUUGCAGUCAUCAUGGCGCGCAAUGUGCACUGGCCUCACGAGUCCAGCAAUUCUAACUCCACAACAACAACAUCCGCAUCAACAUCCGAUCGAUCGGACGAGACCACCGCAACAGAGUACAGUCAACGUCCAUCUCUUCCUCAGCAUGGAACAUGUCACGGCCGCGUCGAAGGCAACGGACAGAAAUAUUUUGCGUACGACGAGAAGAACUCGGCACGGGUCUCUGUCGAUACGUACGCCUCAACGUCCGAAGAGGAGCUUGAUGACGACUAUGACGAAGUCCCCGAAUACCAUGUUCCACAAUAUCAUCACGAACCACUACCAAUAGAUGCGAUUCCCACAACGCCCCGCGAUUUCGCGGAUCUUUUCCCCACAUCAAAGCGCAUAUCUAUCCGUCAUGAUGACUCUACCAUUGAUGGAAACAUGAAUCUCCGCGUGGACACCCAGGUUGAGGAACGACAUCACAGAAAACAGAACUACACUCUGUUCCAUCUCCGCAUGCACGACCUGCGAACACGCGAAUUCUCCCUGCGCAGGUAUUGCCGCGAUUCUGGUCGCGAGGUAUGUCAUUCGAUCCGUAAAUACCACAAGCCACCGCCCGAGCGCCCCGCUCUACAACGUGCCAGCACAGCCCUCGCAAACCUCAUGCACAAGCCCGAUUCGCGUCCCUCCACUGCAGCCGGCCUCAAACGCUCUGACUCCGGAUAUGAAUCAAUACGCGGUGGCGGUGCCUUCGACUUCGAGGAUGAUGCAGAUGACUCACGUCCAAAGACGACUGGAUAUGCCAAGGGCCGCGCAUUGAUGCCUACCAACACCAUCAAAUUAGAAUUCUCAAACUAUGCCCACAUGGACAUCAAACGCAGGGGUGCGGCAUCCAAUAAGCGCUACGGGUUCGAGCAUUGGGGUUAUGAAUAUUCGUGGAAACGCCUCGUCCAGAGGGAAGACGGCCAGGAAACCAUCCAUUACUAUUUGGUCCGAUCAGAUAACGACAAGCACGCUCUCGCCCACAUCAGCCCCAUCCAAUUGACACAGGACCAGCUCCGCGAGGAACGAGCCAGAAGUGGAUGGAUUCCCCCCUGCUACAUGCGGAUCACGGACGAAAAGAUAUUGAGUUCGACGACUGAUAUCUCGGACGUUGUCAUUGCAACUGGUCUCAUCGCACUUGUGGAUGAUUGCAUCAAGCGCAAGUUCCACUCGAAGCAGACAACUCAAAUUCACAUACCCCUCACUCGGAACUCCUCAUUCAAAAUGGACUAUGUUGGCCCUAAGCGUCUCAUUGAUGAGGUGUUCCAUCGUACCAACCGCCAUGGCGGUCUCGCCAAACAACCACCUACAUUACGUCGCACUGCUACGGAAUCCUAACCUUUGGUAACAUAACAGACCCGCCACUUGGCAUAUUAACACCGCGAACUCGGUGUCUGCUGAAACGGCAGACCGCAUUUCAAUUUCAAUUCUAGUACAUAUCUUUUGGGUUUGCUUUCACAAGCGUUAACGGCCCCCCAUCGAGAAUGGUAUUCCCACGAAUACAUUUAUACUCGAUUGUGUUUUUUUUCUUCUCCUUUCUUGUUCAG